CAAUCCUUCAGAGGACCGAUCAGAGAUUGAAGAUUGCCCUCUGUAUGAAAAUUAGUGUUUACACAUGCCAAUAACCUAUAUGUCCAUUUUGACAGUUGCUCAGAUUGGCCAAAUCAAUUCCGGAUAGCUAUCGGAGAAAUUUGUAGGUUUAUGGCUUUUGGAUCGGUAUUACGAUCAUCCAACUUUAUAUUCAUUAGUAAAAUGUGUUCAUUUUCGUCGUCCUCCAGUUCUCGUGAUAGUGAUUUGGAAGUUUUAAUGCAAUUACCCGAUUGGCAUAGUGAAGUUGUUGGUGAUAUAUCUGCAAUUGAUAAGCUAGCUUACGAGUAUGUUUUUAUACACCAACAGAGUACAGAAAAAUUACAUGAAAUUGUUGGAUUUCUUAGAAUUGUUGCCAUUGAUUGCACUCAUUUACGAAUUCAAUUAUCAUCCGGGCAGUGCCGCUGCUGUUGGUCAGCCUGCGGUAUCUGCCGUGGUGGAGGUGGGUGUGUGGGGUGUGCGCGUGCGUGGCGCUGGGCUGCGCAUGAGUCACGCGCUGCGUCGCAUCUCCUUCGCCACAUGUGACGCGCCGCGAGCGCUCUUCGCCUUUGUCGCACGUGAACCCCGGGAUCGCGCUCACGCGCACUACUGCCACGCCUUCGAAACCGAGCAUCCGCACCAGGCGGAGGAGCUGAACACGCUAGUGGGAGAUGCGUUCCGCAUGGCGUUCGCCUCGCAGCUACAACCCUCUGCUCCACUUUGGAGCAAGGAGGUAAGCGGCGGUCCGCGCGCUCCCGACUCGCUGCCGGGCCUCGCGCACCACUACCCGCGCUGCCACAGCAGAUCUCCCGCACGAUGCGGCGCGACGGGCGGCGAGAACGCGGAGGGGUCGGCGAGCGAGGGCAGCGAGGGCAGCGAGGCGAGCGAGGGCAGCCCCAGCUCCUCCGAAGACUGGGUCUCCCCCGGCGACCCGAGUCGCUAUCGUCGCCUGGCCGAGCGACCGCCCCUGAUGAAGCGACUGGCCCUCGGGCUCAGCGGGGCGCUGCUGCAGCCGUCCGACGACGACGCCACUCCUCUCGUCACCGACACUCCCACCACGCCCACUAACGCGCCGCUGUGCCUGAACGGGGGCUACAUCAACGAGGCCACCGAGGCGGCCCGUCGAGCCGCGUCCGGGAGGUGCCCGGAGUUUCGCAGAGGGGACGCUCUCUCCGACGGUCGCGGCGGAGGCAGCGCGGCCGCGUCUUCGUCCUCCGGAGAGUCGUCGGGCGGAGCGUCGCGCGAGUCCCGGGAGUCGCGGGGCUCCGGGAACAACAACUUCCGGCCCGUAGAACCGGAACUGAAGAAUGCGCCGUGGUUCCAGCAGGGAAUACCGAGAGAGAUCGCGCUCGAGGUGCUGAGUGCGCAGGCGCCCGGGGCGUUCCUGGUACGCGCCAGCACGACGCAGGCCGAGUGCCUGGCGCUCUCGCUGCGGGUGCCGCGGGACUUCGCCGCGCACGGCAUCGCGCACUAUCUGAUCCUGCGCACCCCCAAGGGCUACAAGAUAAAGGGUUUCACGAAGGAGUUCGGCUCGCUGGCGGCGCUCGUCACCCACCACAGCGUGAUGCCCGAGCUGCUGCCGGUGCCGCUGCGGCUGCCGCGCGCUCCGCCCCGGCCCCGCGCCGACCUCGAGCCUCUCGAGCGCCUCGCGCCUCCGCCCUCCCCGCACCCCGCGCCGCCCGCCCCGCCCGUCAGAUGCGCCGACUUCCUGUAGGGGCAGGCGGACCCGCGGGCGCGUAAUAGUAUCUAAAGUGACAAUCGUCGAGAAGGGGGCGGUCGGUGGUCGAGCGGAAGUAGCUAAUUAUUAUUAUUAUUAAAUUAGAUCGUAAGGCCCGAAUACUCUAGUUCGUUAACGUCGAUCCAAUAAGUGUAACUAGAUUCUUAACUCUGUUCGAAUCUUCUCCCGAGAGGAGAACCGAGACCCGAGAGCUCUUUUACGAAACGUGAUCGCCAAGUGCAUUAAUCGUUGCCUGAUGUUUAUUAUAUAUAUAUAUAUAUGUUAGUUCUAAAUGUAAUGAAAUUUUGGCAAAUUCUAUAAAUAUCAAAAUGAUGAUAGGUUUUGUAUUGAUAAUGUGAUAAUGGAAUAUUGAAAGUGUAUAUUGUGUAACAUGUGUGUUUGUGAGUUAGGUGUUUGUGUCAUCGCUUUGACAUUUAGCUUUCUCACGGAGCGGUUCAUUUGAUGAACGUCGAACGAACGUUUAGUUAGGGAGGUCUAGUCUUAAUUUUGUAACUAUUUCAUAUAAUAUUGUUUUCUUGAUUCGUUUCGACUAAAUUCUGGUCCUCUUUGGUGCUUUUAAAGUCCAAUUAACGAGCUCUAGGAGGAGUAGCUUCUCCUCUAUUUGGCCAAUUCGAUUUCUGGCCUCAAAAGGUCAUCACGAUCAAUGGAGUGGUGCGACUGUAUCCUCCGACGAAAUACAAUGAUCCGUUCCCUGGAUCAGCCGAAUUUGCGUAUUGUUCGCGCUAUUUUCCGUACUCUGUAUUCCGAAAACAACAUUGUAUAAGCUGUACGUAGUUGACGGUCGUUAAUUUAUUCAUACGUAAAUAAAAUUAGUACCAAAUACGUUUA